AUGUAUGGCCUCCCGUGGUCCUUGUCUCUGGUCUCCCCCGGUCCCUCCCUCCCCUCCCUCCGGGGCCUGCCCCUACCUGCGAUCCCUGUGUCGAGGGGCGGCAAGCGCGCCGCCCCUCACUCCUCCAAGUUUCCUCCGACAGAGGCUUCCGCUGCAGGACUCUUCACAUGGACGUGUGGGGCCCGGCCCGCGUCCGUGGCCAGGGUAGACGCAGUCGAGCCUGUCGAGGUAGCUGUUGACUCUGGUGCUGCUAGGGGUGCUGAGCCUGCGGGUGCUUAG